AUGUGGCAAGAUUUUUCCGCCCACAACACCCAGCGCGGGGAUGUAACGGCAGUUGUAUGGGGCGCCCCAGGGUCACCUCCAGCAACAGGCGAAAGCACUGGUACCGUCCGCCCGUCAUCUGCCGCAGGGUCUGUGGAUGCCGAGGCCUUGACUAGAGGCAGAAGAGCUGAUACUCCGUUCGUUCAACAGUGUGAUCUUGUGUUCCCGCUUCCGGAUCAAGAUGGCGAAAGCGACGGCCAUGACCAUGGCGAUACGCAAGAGAAGCAACAAAAACAGCUGGAGAUGGAGAAACGGGCAAAAGCUUUCGUCGUCCGAGCCCUGGGCAAGACGUUUUACUACCGCGCGCGAGGGCCGCUGUCCGCCCUCCUCAGAGAGCCUUUCCUCCGUUCCUACGUCCUCAAGCGUGGCUUCAGCGCCCUCGCCCUGAACGCCCCAAGCGACCACGGGAACAGCUUCGCGAUCCUGCCGGGCGGCGUGCUGGCGCUGUCGCUUGAUCGGGAGUCCUUUCAGACGCUAGGCCUACCGGGAGAGGCCGCGCCCACCCGCCCCAACGGCAAGGGGAAACGGGCGGGCGCCGGCGCCGGCAGCACCGGCGGCAGCGUGGGGGUCCUGGGAGGCGGCGCGGGCGGUCCCGACCGCUACGUGUCGGCGGUCGACCUCUCCGCGAAAUCGUUUCGCCCGGGCAAGCCACUCCACGACCGCGUCUUGUCCUGUCUUAGCAGUUGUCGAUGGGGGAACGGCGAUGAUGGGUCUGCGGUCGAUAUGGUUGUGUAUUUUUGUGGAAGCGGUGGAGUUGGGCAAGGAAGCGGGGAGGGCGGGGAAGUGGCUGAAGCGGGGUCCUCAGGAACGAGUGAGGCGUCGGGACAAGCACCGGAGGGUUGUGGACAGGGCGCGGCGGCGGUGGGUGGAAGCCGCAAGGGGGAGCGCGCGGAGGGCGAGCAAGAAGGACAGCAAUCGCAACAUUGCUGCCGAGAUAUCACCUUCCCUCCAGGUUUCUCUGCUGAAAGAGUCGACCUAGCGCCCGACAUCCGAUUCUUCAGGGAAGCUUGCUGCCCAGACUUGGACUUUGUCGGGCAAGGGCUUGCCGCCACUGCCCCUACCACCCCGGCACAGCGUGUUCGUCGAAAAGGGAGGAAAGGGAUCGGAGCCAAGGCUUUCAAUUCUACACCAACUGCCGAGAACUUGGUGGACGACGGCGACGACGGCGGCAGCGACGACCAGUUCACCGACAGCCGACAUCCUCACCUUCCCCCGCCCCUCCCCUCUCCGCCGGAAUCAGCCAAAUGCCUGCUCGUUCUCGACAUGUUCGAGUGGCUCGGCGCGGUGUCGUGCGGCCUGGACGCUGCGGUAAGGCGGUCACCGUCCCCGCCGGAGCCGUACCUGUCCAAGUUCGAGACGCCCCGCCACCUCCGCUACCGCAGCGACCGCAUUGUGUGCCGCGCCCGCCUGAGGGGCUUCUUGCCGCCCGUCGCCAUCUCCCGCUUUGUCGACGCGGCGGGAUCGGCGGCAGCGGCGGUGGCGGCAGUAGCAAGCGCCGAAGAUAGUGCCGCAGACAGCCGGCAACACUACGAAUCGCCGCAGCUGUUGCCAGUGCGGCGCGUGGUUCGAGAUCAAGGACAGCAGCGGCCCGAUGGCUGCUCGUGGGGCGCCGUGACGUCGUGGCCGUUCCGAGACGCCCCCCGCGCGUACCCCGGUGCCGACGCCCCGUGCGCCGGCGGGCAGAGGAGCAAGCGGGGCGGCCGAAAGGGGCGCGGCGGGGGAGGGGACGCGGAGCGAUGUGCGAAAGAGUGGCCUGUCGGGGGGCACGGGGUGUACACGGUUGUCGCUUGUCCCGGGGAAACCGCCGUGGCGUUCGUUGCGGCCAAGUGUCCCGGGCCCGGGUGGUGA